AUGGAACUCAAUGAGUUGAUAACCGUGCUGAAGUGGAUCUCUCCCAUCGAGUACAAUCUACACCACGACCUGGUAAGGCAGGCGAGGACCAAGAGCACAUGUGACUGGUUGGUCCAACAAUCUAAAUUUUACGAGUGGCAGAGCGAGACCUCUUCCAUCACAUUCUGGCUUCAGGGGUUUGCGGGCUCAGGCAAGACUUUCAUAACGUCGAGAGUCAUUGAUCUGGUUGCAGAAAAUCUUGGAAGCAAGCAGAAUCAUGAGGGCUUUGCCUUCUUCUACUGUAACCAAACCGAGCCAACACGUCGACAGGCACUCUCGGUUCUCUGCAGCUUUAUCAGACAACUUUCAUCGCCCAAGUGCAUAUCCGGCCACCUCCAUCCCAAGUUGAGGCAGCUUUACGUCGACUCUCAGCUAAAGGGUGCGGGAUGGACACUCGAUCUAUGCAAGCAACACCUGAUCUAUCUUUUCAACUUUUAUCCUCAUACUACCGUCAUUCUGGAUGCGCUAGAUGAAUGCGAGGUUGAGGAGCGAAGAUUGUUGCUCAAUAUCUUCGACUGGGCAACAAAAUCCACAUCUCGACCUGUCAAGAUCUUCAUCUCUAGCCGCCCGGAAGCCGACAUUCGACAACGGCUCAUCAGCCUACCCAAUCUUGAGAUCUCUGCCAGGAACAACAACCACGACAUUGCCAGGUUUAUCAAAGAGAGUGCUGAUAGCCCGGGCCCAUGGAGUCUAGCCUUGGAGAAAAACAAUGCUCUAAAGGAGGAGAUUAUCCAGACAUUGAUUGAAAAGAGCGACGGAAUGUUCCAGUGGGCGAGACUACAGGUCGAUCAACUCAGGGUCUUUGAACAUGAAAGGGAUCUUCGAGACAGGUUGGGAAGACUUCCCAAAGAUCUCAAGUCAUCAUACGACGAGAUUUAUCAGAGGAUUCAAGAUCGCCCCGAAUACUCGAGAGUUCGGAUUCUCAGGGCUCUCAUGUGGGUGACAGCAUCAGUCCGCCCGCUCACUACGGACGAACUCGUGGCUGCGAUACGUUUGGACCCAGACAAAGAGGAGAUCGAUAAGCCUGGCGAAGUCACAGAAGAGCAACUUCUUGGCUGGUGCGCAAACUUACUGAUCCGAGACCAACAAAAAUCUUACUCUCGAAGUGUCACUAUCUGGCGGCCUUGCCACCUGUCAGUAGUCGAAUAUCUCGAGGACCGCUUCACGAUGCCCAGUGCGCAUUUAUUCGUUACCCUGGCCAAUUUGUUUUUUCUGGUUGUCCAACCAGAUGAAGAUGACUCUUUGUCCACUCUUCAAGGUUACGCUUCCCAGAAGUGGAUGGAACAUGUUCAGUCAUACGAUAAGGCCAGCAUUAACUUUACAUGCGCCCCAUAUGAUAGAGUCGCUGCCAUGCUGAAGAGGUUUCUCGGUUCACCAACGCAAAGCUCUGAUGCGUACGUCCGAUGGCGCAGCAAUGCCGAUCGUAGGAGGGAUCGAGAAUUCAACGUCAACAAUCCUCUAUUUGUUUUUUGCUUUUACCCAGUUUUCUACCCCCUACGUGACUGGUGGGAGUCGGACGACGUGGAAUUUGAUCACUUGGCAUUGAAUGGUCACGGGGAGAGUCUUCUGACAGUCGCGGCUGGGUCAGGUUGCAUACCAAUAUGCGACAGUCUCAUCAGACGAGUCACCCCGGUGAACCCUGAAAAACACGGCAAAGACUAUGGGAGUCCUCUUGGAGCAGCAGCAAUAUCAGGACAUGCUCAUAUGAUUGAGUUUCUCCUUGAACAAGGUGCCCAUGUGGACUUGCUUCUGCAGGACGGCGUAUAUGGAAGCGCUCUCGCUGCAGCAGGCAAUGCGAGCAUAUCGCAAUUGUUGAUCGACAAAGGAGCAGACGUUAAUCUCAUGCUGGAAGCUGGAAGCUACGGCAGCGCUCUUGCUGCAGCCAACGAUAAGACCAUGGCCCAGCUGCUCAUCGACAAAGGAGCAGACGUGAACAUGAUCCUUAAAGCUGGAGCGUUCGGCAGCGCCCUGGUUUCCGCGGCAGCCAACGAGGCUAAAGACACGGUUAAAUUCCUCAUUGACAAGGGUGCAAACAUCAAUUUACCAUUGUCGCAUGGGGGGUACGGGAGCGCUUUGAUUGCUGCCACAUCGAUGGGGAGGAACAUGGACAUUGCCCAUCUUCUCGUCGAGCACGGAGCAGAUGUUAAUUAUCUCCCGCCGGUUAGUGACUACGGAAGUGCUCUCAUUGCUGCUUCCUCCAAUUACAUGGUGGAGAGCCUUCGGUCGCUUCAGUUUCUGGUUGAGGAAGGAGCAGAAGUGAGUUCCAUCCCCAAAUCGGGGCAGUUCGGAAGCGCUCUUGCUGCUGUUGCUCAAUCCGGUCGCCCGGAGGAGGAUCGCAUCUCCGGGAUAGAUUUUUUGAUAGAGAACGGGGCAAAUGUGAACCUGUUCCUCCCCACUGGACAAUACGGCAGCGCUCUUAUAGCAGCAGCCUGUUCCAUAGAUGCCUCAGCCACCACGUGCAGGCAUCUGCUCGAGAAGGGGGCAGAUGUCCACCUUCGUGUCCCGCAUGGGUGCUACGGAAGCCCUCUCAUUGCGGCCAUGCGAUCAGGGUCGAAAGAAGUGGUUAAAUUCCUGCUCGAUGAGGGAGUGGAAGUUGACCAGAUGCCCGACGGUAAGGCGGUCGUCUUUGGAACUGCCCUGAUAGCAGGAGCCUACUGGGGAUUCGCAUCGGGUGUCCAGAUGUUGCUGGAAGCUGGCGCUCAAGUGAAUCUGCGGUCCGAAGUUGGGAGAUUUAAAACUGCCCUCGAAGCUGUCAGGGCAGAUUUGACAAAUGAAGGCGGCGUGUUUGAGGAUCUCCUGUGGGAGUGGAGGUGGAAGCCGGGCGAGACGAAGAAGGAAGCACGAAAUAGAACGAAGCUCCAGGUAGAGGAGCUACUGAUAAAGCACGGGGCAACCGAAUGA